CAAGUCUAAACACUAGAAAGACGGGUUUGAGUGCAUUGUCUCAAUAUUCUUGACCGCCCUGUCCACGCCCAUCGUCUCGGCCGUUAGUGUUUCACUGCAGUGACGAAACCGUACGAUAGCCUACCAAGCUGAAACUGCUCCCGCCUUUGCGUAUAAAUGUCGGAUAUUCGGAAAUGGUUUAUGAAAUCCCAUAACAAGGGCAAUGCUUCGGAGUCGAAGCCUACGAAUCAAGUGAAGCCUUCUCCUGCUAAACCACAACCGGAAAAACCAGUGAGCCUCGUUGCCCCUUUUUUGGUGGAUGGAGGCCAAGAUAGUUCAGGGAAGAGGAAAACUAGCAAAUAUCUUGCCACUGACAAAAACAAAAAAGACGAAAAAGAGGCACUGGAGCUUCCUGCUAAAAGGAAGAUUCCUAAGGACAGUGAGGAUUUACAGAAGCCUCUUACAAAAAAAAUUCAUUUAGAUGAAGAUGAUGACUCUGCCUUGCUCAAAUCUAAAAGGAAAUCAGUUGAUACUACCCCAAUAAAAAAAUUUAAGGGUGAAUCUGGUAGGGAAAUUCCACUUAAGUCUACGGAUUUGGAAGAAAGUGAUGAGGAUGGUGUUAAAGCUGAUGUAUCACCCAUUAAAUCUGGUGGAAGGGGAUGUGGAGGAAGAGGAACAUCUGCACAAUCAUCUAGUGGACGGGGUAGAGGUGGUGGAAGGAGUGGAUUUGUGAAUUUUGGCGAAAGAAAAGAUCCUCCUCACAAAGGAGAAAAGGAAGUCCCUGAGGGUGCUCCUGAUUGUUUGACUGGUUUGACUUUUGUCAUCAGUGGAACAUUGGACAGUUUGGAACGAGAAGAAGCAGAAGAUUUGAUUAAACGCCAUGGUGGUCGUGUCACUGGAUCAGUCAGCAAAAAAACGAAUUAUCUUCUAUGUGAUGAAGAUAUUGGAGGUCGGAAAUCUUCAAAAGCAAAAGAGCUGGGUACAAAAUUUCUCACUGAGGAUGGGUUGUUUGACAUGAUUCGUGCAUCAAAUCCUGCAAAGGCUCCUCCACGGGAAGAAUCAACAAAAGCGGUGAAAAAGGUUGUUGCAACCCAGUCAAAAAGUCCUCAGAAAGCUGGAAUCAAGGGCUUAGCUUCAGCUCCAGUGAAGCCUAAGACAGAAAGUUCUGCACAGUCUUCUUUCAUGUGGACAGAGAAGUAUCGGCCCAAGGUUCCAAAUGACAUCAUAGGAAAUCAGUCCCUUGUUAAGCAGCUUCAUGAUUGGUUGGCACAUUGGAAUGAGCAAUUUCUUGACAGUGGAAAUAAAAAGGGGAAAAAGCAAAAUGACACUGGUUCAAAGAAAGCUGUCUUAUUAAGUGGAACCCCUGGUAUAGGAAAAACCACUUCAGCAAAGGUGGUCUGUAAGAUGCUUGGUUUCCAAGCUAUAGAGGUUAAUGCUAGUGACAGCCGUGGGAAGGCUGAUAGCAAAAUUGUUAAAGGAAUCAGUGGAAGCAAUGCAAACUCUAUAAAGGAACUUGUCACCAACAAAGCGUUGGGUGCCAAGACAGAUGGGGCGAAGCAUUCCAAAACUGUGCUCAUUAUGGAUGAGGUUGAUGGCAUGUCAGCAGGUGAUCGGGGUGGCAUUGCUGAUCUUAUUGCUAGUAUCAAGAUAUCAAAAAUUCCUAUUAUCUGUAUUUGUAAUGACCGCUACAGCCAGAAACUGAAAAGUCUCCUGAACUACUGUCUGCUGCUUAGCUUUCGAAAACCUACAAAGCAACAGAUGGCAAAGAGGUUGAUGUAUGUUGCGAAAGCUGAAGGGCUUCAAGUCAAUGAGGUUGCUCUUGAGGAGCUAGCAGAAAGAGUUAAUGGAGACAUGCGCAUGGCACUAAAUCAGUUACACUAUAUGAGCCUCUCCAUGUCUGUUAUAAACUAUGAUGACAUCAGGCAACGCCUUUUAUCUAGUUCAAAGGAUGAGGACAUUUCACCAUUCACUGCUGUUGAUAAGCUUUUUGGUUUUGAUGCCGGGAAGUUAAAAAUGGAUGAGAGGAUUAAUCUUAGCAUGAGUGAUCCUGACCUUGUUCCUCUUCUUAUUCAGGAAAAUUAUAUAAAUUAUAGACCUAGUUUGGCUAGUAAAGAUGACAAUGAUAUGAAGCGCAUGAAGUUAAUUGCCCGUGCUGCUGAGUCUAUUGCUGAUGGAGAUAUAGUGAAUGUACAGAUUCGAAGAUAUCGGCAGUGGCAGCUGUCUCAAGCUAGUGCUCUUGCAUCGAGUAUAAUUCCUUCUUCAUUGUUGCAUGGGCAAAGAGAAAUACUUGAACAGGGAGAACGGAAUUAUAAUCGGUUUGGUGGGUGGCUGGGGAAAAACUCAACAAUGGGCAAAAACUUUAGGCUUUUGGAAGAUCUGCAUGUUCAUAUUCUUGCUUCUCGUGAAUCCUGUCCAGGAAGGGAAACCCUCCGCUUGGAAUAUCUUAAGCCACUUCUUCAACAGUUGACGGAGCCGCUAAGAGUCUUGCCUAAGGAUGAAGCUGUUCAGAAAGUUGUGGAAUUUAUGAACAUGUACUCAGUCAGUCAAGAGGAUUUUGAUACUAUUGUCGAACUAUCAAAAUUCAAGGGUCAUCCAAAUCCACUAGAUGGCAUACCGCCUGCUGUUAAAUCUGCAUUGACAAAAGCAUACAAAGAGGAAAGCAAGUCUCGGAUGGUUCGAGCUGCAGAUCUAGUCAAUAUUCCUGGAAUGAAAAAGCCUGUUAAGAAGCGAGUUGCGGCUAUCCUAGAACCAUCUGACGAAGGAUCAAAACAGGGUGAAGGUGAUACCCUGGAAGAGAGUGAAGAAGAAAAUUCCUCAGACACAGAGGAGUUAGAAGGUACCACCACUGGUGAGAAGCUGCGGUCAGAUCUUCAAAGUUUAAAUUCAAAGGGCAUGCAAGUACAAUUAGAUUUGAAGGGAACAGGAAAUUUAAGUGGCAGGAAGACACCAGCUGGAAGAGGUAAAGGUGCUUCUGCAUCGGCAGAGAAGGGUGGUCGAGGUGGGGCGAAAAGGAAGAGGUGAAAAGGCUGUGUGAAUAUUGGAAGGGGUCAUCAUGGAUCAAGGGAAUGAACAAUGAGUCUUUUUGAAUUUUGUUGUGCAAUGCUCGAGAGAUUCCUGUAUUCUGGCGUAUAUGAUUUCUGAUUUUAUCAUACGAGAGAAUUAAAAUUUAGAAGCAUUGAAAUAUGGACUGCUUCGAAGUUAA